GGAGGAGGAGAGGAGGGGGCGCGUACCGUAGUGCAUUGCCAGUAGCAGCCAGAGCUCGAGCGCUCUGCACAUUGAUUGAUCUGCGCCACAAACUCCUCGAUAAUCUGAUCACACAGAGAAGUAAGCAUUUGCCGCCCUGUGUGUGUGUAUAGCAGUAUUGACGUACUUUUGAAUCGGGGUCGUUUCCUGCACGGUCUUGAGGGGUCGCAAUGCCAUCAGGGCAGUAAUUCAUUUCUUUCGGACGCAUUUAUAAACUCCUGGAAGAGGAAGUAGUGGACAUGGCCACGGUCGUGGAGAGCCCAAGUGGAGCUCCAAAAAAGGACAGAGCAAGAUUAGUGAAAGAGAGGAGACAAGAGAGAGAGAAGAUUCAUGCUUUGUGUGCAGCGGUUCGAGAGCAGGAGCUCUGGGAGAAAGAGUACCGUGCGAAGCAGCAGUAUGAGCGCUCACUGGAGGAGCGAGGAAGGCGCCUGGAGGUGCAGCGGCAGCGGGAGGAGAUCCGCCGAGCAGCGGUUCAGGAGAAGAGAAAGCAGCGUGGAGAGGAGGACAAGGAGCGUCUAGAGGCCCUGAUGCGACGCUCGACAGACCGCGGCCUGCAGCCGGAGCAGAGGCCCAAACGCUGGACCUGGGGCGGCCCGCCCGGAUCCUGUGAGGGUGUUCCUAAGAUAGUCCUGCCCACUCCUGCUGCUUCUGCCUCCUUAACCAAUGAUCCUGCUGCUCUCCCUCCUGCCAGCCAAUCCAGGACCGACUUUAUGAUUCCUCCUGAGUCUCCUGAUCCAAACCUGAUCAAAAGCCUUUCCUCCUCCUCCACUGCUCUAGCCCAAACAGAGAAAGCCUCUCCCAGCCCCCACAGGUCCUUGCACAAGGCCUCGCCCAGCAGGGCUGACCGCAAGAAAACCAAUGGAGUGUCUGGCGGGCCUUUGGAUGAAUCUCAGAACGGCGCCACAACCCCCAAAACCCCCCAGACAGAAAAACCAGGAGGAGAGAGAGGCUUCAAUAACGCCCUGAUGGACUCCUCAGUGAAACGACUCGAAUCUCCCACGACUCCCACCAGGAACUCAAUCUGGAAGAAUCCCAGCACACCUAAAAGGUCCAAGUCGUGUAGAAGCCGUAUUCAGUCUCCCUGUUCUCCUGGGCAAUACCCCACCUCACCCAUGAGGCACAGAGCCACCACCCCAAGCGCAGACAGCAUUAAAAGGUGGGAUGGAGAGGAGAAGGUAGCCGACAGUAAAGGCUACAGCACUCUGGACAGGAAAACCUCCAGGACAGAGAAGAUACCCAAAUCUGCAAGCAAAGAACUUGGACAUAAUGCAGAGUCCCCGGUGACGCCCACUGGUAAAGCUGGCACCACCGAUGCUGAGGAAGCCUCCAGGCUACUGGCGGAGAGACGCCGUCUAGCCAGAGUACAGAAGGAGCAGGAGGAAAAACAGCGAAUGGAGGAGGAGAGGCUGAGGAUGGAGGAGCUCCAGAGGAAGCAGGAGGAGGAACGCGUGCAGCAGGAGCAGGCGGCCCGCCAGGCUGAGGAGGAGAGACAAAGGCAGGACGAGGAGCGAAGACAGAAAGAGGUGGACGACAGGAGACAGAAGGAAAGGCGUUUGAAAGAGCUCCAGGAUCAGCUGGACAGAGAGAGAGAGGAGGCCUUCCAAAGAGUGCAGAGAGAGGCGGAGCGAAAGCAGAGGGAGAGAGAGCAGCUCAAACUGCAGGAAGAACAAGAGAGACUGCAGAGGAAGAAGCGUAUUGAAGAGAUCAUGAAAAGGACGAGAAAAACUGAUGCAGAACCAAAGAAAGACGAGGUGCACAUUGAGUCCAGCUCCCCCAUGACCCCGUCCGUUUUGGAACCUGGAGAUGCUACUCUGAUUAAUGGCCAAACUGAAAGCUCCACCUUUGCUGAGGUGAAGAACAAUGAAUCCCCCUCAUUUAUCUCCACUGCCUCGCCUGUAAUAAACCUAGAGGCCCUGGAAGCGAAAUGCAGUGCAACAGAUGAUCUUUCUGAUGGGGUCCAGUCCAUGGAUGUCAGCCCAGUCUCCAGAGAUGAGCCGAUCUACUCUCCAGUCAGCGAGGGCUCCCAGAACACAAUGAGGAACAGCCAAGCCCUGGACCAGUUGCUGGAUCUCACCGGACAUCCACCCUAUCCUAAAGCUCCUGCUGGGGCAGCGCUCGGAGACUGCAACAAAAACCUCAUCCAGGGCUUCAGCAGCGCUGCUACAGGCUCAGCACUCAUCCAGAGCCUUGGGCCAACCAUGGAAAAGCUCAGCAUCUAGUGCAGCAGGAGACAGUGCCACAUGAGCUGCCCUGGUGAGGAAUGGUUUGGAGUUGGCCUGAACAAAAAGACAGUCUGUUGUGCCUCAGUUCCAGCUUUUUCAAGCUUCUCCAUGAGAACCCCUCUGCACCCCGGAGCCUGAACAAUGGAGAGCGAGCACUGAAUGUUGUAUGAUUUGUUAAGUCAGAAGCACUCCUUUACACAUAGAUUAAAGCUUAGCCUUUCCUUCAUACGUAUUACAUUUCAAAAUAUUUCAUCGUAGUAACUGCGAGGGAAGGCACCUGUAAUACUGCAGUCUUAUAGUUCUUUAUAUUCCUGUAUACACUGUAGCGUUUUAAUGAGUGGAUCAAAAAACACGAGGCUUGUAGCAACUCAAUGGAGUUUUGUGUAUUUGCGGCGGGAGCACAACUGACCAGCAGCGGCGACUGUGUGUACCUGUGUGUAGAGUGUGUUCAGUGUGACGUGUCGUAUUGCUGGGGUUUGCAUACAGUAAAACCAAUAUUUCACUACUUUAACUCAGUCAAAGCAUUGUAGGCUACUGCUAGAUAUCAAAAUCUCAUGCAGAUGUAAACUAUUAUCUACAAAAAUAUAAGAUGCCCUUCUCGUGACAUUCUUACACACACAUUGUGAAAUGAAACUUCCAGUGGGACAGCGGCCAUUUGAGAAAGAAAGAAAGAAAGAAAUGAGUCUGACUGAAUGAGAAAGGAAGCAAAAUAAGAUGAAAGAGAAAUGGUAAAAAGAGAGAAAUGGUAAAAAGAAAAAUGGUAGAAAGAAAGAAAGAAAGAGGCAAAAAGGAAAAAUUGGUAAAAAAAAAUUAAAAAGAAAUUGGGAAGAUAAGUAAACAAAAAAGAACGAAAACUAAAAUUAAGUAUGAAAUUGGCAAAAAAAAAAGGAAGGGAAGAAAUAACUUGGUAAAAAGAAGAAUUUGGCAAAGCAGCAAAGAAAAGAGAAACUUGGCAAAAAAAGAGGAUGAAAUAAAUAAUUUUGCAAUAAAAAAAGAAGACAGUAAAGAACGAAGUUUUCGAAACAAAAAAUGAAAGAAUAGUUAAAAAAAGGUAGACAUUUUUUUGCAAAAAAAAAAAAACGAGAGAGAGCCUGGCAGAAAAAGAGAGAGAGAAACAUGGUCAAAAAGGAAGGAAGACGUAAUGUGUUGCGUUUUCUGUUAUUGUGGUAGUGUUAAGCAGCUCAGUGUUUGCUGAUUGUUGUGUUGACCGGGUUGUUCACUCACUAAAACUCACUCUGAAGAUGCAAACUGUGCAGAGCAGACAAACCCCAGUGACUGUACUUUCAUACAGUGAACACGUUAAUGAAUCAGUGAUGAAGCAAUGCUAAAUCUGUACAGUAAGUGUGCUGGAAAGCUCCCUAUAUGCUACAUAAGUUAAGUCAUUGUCUGUAUGCUCAUCCUGUAAAAAUGACCAUUCAUACCAUCUUGUACACUCAGGGUGUUUGUGAGCUUUGCAUGUGAGCUCAGUUAUUUUGGUUCCUGGUGUUCUUCAGCGGUUCUGUGUUUGGUGGUCUUAAUGAUGUGUAUGAUGCUGUCACGUAACACUCCUGAUGCACUUGAAUGGUUAAGGACCAAUAAGGACAACAUUCCAUGUGAGAUCGGUUGCUCUCUCUCUCUCUCUUUUUCUCUCUCUGUCUGUCUCUCUCUUGCUGUCUCUCUCUCUUUCUCUCAUUCUUUGGACAGGUUUAAAAGGUUAAGGGCAAAGGGGCUUCAUAUCAUUUCAGAGUUUACAGAAGACUUUAAGGAUCAAAUUCAUUGUCAUUCUCAAAUAAGCCAGUUGCUUCAUGGUGAUAAAUGGUGCAUGGAUAAAAUGCUUUGGAGCUGCAGAAACCUGGGAUAUUACAAUAACAAUAAAGUUAUCUAGCCACA